AUGACGGUGACCAUUGCUUUCAUGGUUUGCGGCGCGAACUCCGAUUUAUUCGGGCGACGAUGGUUCAUCAUCGGCGGCAACGUGUUGCUGUUCAUCGGCUUCAUAGUAGGCGGCACGGCCAAAUCCAACAAUGCCCUGAUUUCCGCGUGCGCACUCAUCGGAUUCGGCGCCGGUAACGCCCAGCUGGCCGCCUUUGCCCUGCCAGAGCUCCUACCAAACAAGUGGAGGCAUUCAGCUAUUGUACUCGCUGACAUCGGAGUCUAUUUCGCCGUCGUUGUUGGUCCGGUUGCCGGCCGCUUCUCGAUCCAGCAUGGCGAAGCCUGGAGAUGGCUUUUUUAUGCGCCAGCGAUUGCGGUAGCAUUUUCGUUCGUUGGCCUCUACCUGUAUUACUUUCCGCCAGCGCAUCCACGCGGUCUGCCAACGGACGAGGCUCUCCACCAGCUUGACUAUGGCGGCGCCAUCCUUUUCAUCGUCUCGGUCACUCUCAUUUUGACCGGCAUCGUCUACACCACCACUCUGGGAGGCUCAAGUCCACGUGUCAUCGGCACGCUCGUUCCUGGCUUCGUGCUGCUAGUCGUCUUUGCGCUUUACGAGACGUUCGCCCCCCUGAAGCAGCCGCUGACGCCGACCCAUGUCUUCACCCGUGGCAAUGGGAGGGAGCUUACUGCACCGUUCAUCGUUGGUUUUGUGGUCACGAUGUUUUAUUAUGCAAUUGCGGUCAUAUACCCCACGCAGAUAGCGGUCUUUUUCACAAACGAGACGACCGACUUCCGAUACGCGGUCAUCUUGACCCUUCCGCAGAAUCUGGGCUUGACGUUUGGAGCGGUGCUCUUGACGCUGUUCGGCAGCAAGAUCGGACACUGGAAAUGGACGUUGACGGGCAGUGUUACUGUUAUGGUGGUUUUUGGCGCGCUGUUGGCGCUCGGUACGCCGGAGAGGAAGGGCCUGAUGAUUGCCUUUGUGUUUCUCGCGGAGAUAGGCUUUGGUUGGGCGCAGUAUCUAUCUAUUGCCUUCAUUCAGUUUGGUGUGCCGCAGGUGGAGUUAGGGAUUUCUGGUGGUCUUGCCGGUGUGGCGCGUUUCGCAGGCGGCGCAGUAGCGAUCUCAGUCUACUCGACGAUCUUGAGCAAUGUGCAAUCGAGUGAAGCGGCAAGGAUCGUCCCAGCUGCGGCGAUUGCUGCGGGCCUUCCAGCGUCAUCAGUGUCCGCCUUGCUGGCAGCACUACCGCUCGGUUCGAAAGCUCUGGCACAGGUUCCGGGCAUCACCACGGAGAUCAUCAUGGCCGCAGGAGCAGCUUUCCAGCAGAGUUUUGUUGUCGGGCUCCGCACGACAGCUCUUUCAUCACUGUCUUUCGGCAUUGUGGGAAUCAUUGCGUGCCUCUUUUGCAACGAUAUAGGCGAGAAGAUGAACGACAAGAUUGAGAUUUUCCUGGAGAAUGACGUAAAUGCGGAUAAGAACGAGUUCCACUAG